GAGGAAACACUUCUUAAAAAUAAUAUCAAAUAGAAAAAUCCUAUGGAAGGUACAAUUAAGUUUUCCAACCUUUUGCCAUGGCUAUUGAUGGUCAUAGCUCUAUUCUGGAGCUGGAAACUGAACGUUUUGGCCCUGCCGAAGGACGAAGGGGGCCAUAAAACCUGUGACAAUGAAGAGCGAUACGAAAACCAGGUGAUGUGCGAGGACAAAGACUUUGGGGCUUUGGUUCCCUAUCCGGAUAAUUGUAGUCUGUUCCUGGUGUGCGAUUGUCUCUACCCCACUGUGAAGAUAUGUCCAGCGAAUCUGUGGUGGGACAACAUCACUCAGCUAUGUAAUUACCCCCAAGCUGUGGAUUGUAUUUACUAUUCGAUUGAGACCCCUGUGCCGACCGAUGGUACUACUCGUAUUACGAAAGAGCCAACUUCCAGUACCGAAGAGAUAACCAGCGAAAGUUCUGCCAGAACCGAAGAACCUACGACGACUUCCUCAAGUAAUAUUCCAACUUCUAGUUGGGAUCCACCACCUGCUCCACCCGGAAUUUCUGAGGAUUACUGUCAUAACGUUAAGGAUGGCACCCUGUUUCCUUAUCCCUAUGAUUGUCAGGCCUAUAUCAAUUGCACAUUUGGCUGGCCUGUGCUCAAUUAUUGCAUUGAAGAUAAGGUCUUUAAUAAGUACCUACUUAUUUGCGAUACUCCCGAUGAAGCUGAUUGCGAAGAGCUGCCUUUACCAACAACAACCACGGAAAUAUCAACAACCACAACCGAAAUUUCAACAACUACAACAGUAAUACCUACCACUUCAACUACUGAAGGCGAUGUGGUUUGCGGUCCAGCUCCAGAAGGAAUAAAUGAUGAUUAUUGCCAGCUGAGAGGAAAUGGUUUUUAUAAGUAUCCCUACAAUUGCAGUGGCUACUUGGCAUGCGAAAAUGGUUGCACAAAUUUGGAUUACUGCCAACCGGAUAAGCUUUUUAAUAUGUGGCUGUAUAUCUGCGAUACGCCCAAUUCCGUAUAUUGUGAUCCAAUACCACUUCCAACAACAACAGGACCCAAUGAUAAAACAACCACUUCAAUACCUACAACUCUUUCAACUCGUACCACUCUUCCUUCUGGUGGCUUCACCACAACUGAAAGUUCUACCACAGAAGUGGCAUCAACCACUACACCUGGACUUCCCUCAGAUGUUGAUCCCAAUGAUUGUAAAGACCUUCCCGAUGGCACUCUAAUAGCUUACAUUGGAAAUUGUUCCGAGUACUUGAUUUGUAAAAACAAUCAAGUGGAAAUGGGGAGCUGCCCUCCUCCUCUGCUAUUCAAUCCUGACUGGCGAGUUUGCGAUGAUCCAGAUGAUGUUGUAUGCCUUGCAGAUCGCACCACCACACCGAUUCCAACAACCAAACCGACCACAACCACUGAGAAAACAACUAUCGCAACGACAACAACCACGGAAGCCACAACUUUGGGACCCGAUCAAUUUUGUCAAGGUCAAGAGAUAGGUGCUUCUUUUCCCUACACCGAAGACUGCAGCAAGUAUUAUUUGUGCUUGGGCAACGGACAGUGGAUGAUUGCACCUUGUAUAUAUAAUAGUUACUUCGAUCCCAAGACAGGUGAGUGUGGACCCAAUGUGUCGCCCGAUGCUUGUAGGGCUUCACAAUCUACCACAACCUCUACAACUUCUGAGGCCACAACAACCGAAAGGGUUACCACCCCCAAAACCACAACUAGAGAACCAACAACAACCGAAAAAACAACCACAACAACUGUGGCGCCAGACACUGGAAUUUGUAGUGGUCGGAAUGAAAACGAGAAUAUAGCUUAUCCCAACAAGUGCAACAAGUAUAUUGUGUGUAUUUCGCCAAUUCCCAUAGCUUUCUUCUGUCCCGAUGAUACAUUCUUCAGCUCGAAGUUACAGAAGUGCAUUGAAAGUUGGGAAGAAAGUGACUGUGAAGGCGAUCAGAGUACUACGACUUCAGAACCAGGAUAUACGCGUCCACCUCCUGAACCCACAAUGUGCACAAAUAGCAGUAGGAACACUUUCCCAUAUUCGGAAAACUGUCAGUGGUUCAUACGUUGUGUGGAUGAUUAUAUCUACAUGAUGGACGUCUGCAAUUGCGGGGAAUACUACGAUCCAGUAACAGAGAAAUGCGGUGCUGGUGUUCCAUCGGACGCUUGUCGAUGGGAUUACACUUCAACCACCUCGACAACCAGUGAGCCGACUACAACCACAGCGGUUACAAGACCACCACCACAGAAGGGACCUUGUGAUGAUGUCGAAGAUGGUGCCCUAGUUCCUUAUCCCAACGAUUGCUCAAAGUACAUAAAGUGCGAUAGACCCAUAGCUGUGGCCAACGAUUGCGAUGAAGGGAAUGAGUUUAGUGUGGAACUAGGAAAGUGUGUAGAUGCUUCUCUGGCUAAUUGUUCGAUAACAACUACUGCUAAACCAUCGGAAUCAACUACGACUCCAAGUGAAGCGGAACCGUCAUCAAGCACAACUGCACCAACAACGGAAAAAUCUACUGUAUUAACAACAGAAUCUUCUACUGAAGUAACCACAGAAUCGACGACUGAACUAUCAACAGCAUCAUCCACUGAAUUAACGACCGACUUAUCUACAGUAUCAUCAACUGAAUAUCCAGCCGAAUCCACGACAGUCGAGUCCUCCUCAACAGAAUCCGGAACGACUUCAAUAGAUUGCACUACAACACCAAAACCUGCAGAGGGAAUCUGUGGAGGCAAGACGGACAAUUCUUCGGUUCCCUAUCCCAGAAACUGCAGCAAGUAUAUAAAGUGCCAAUAUCCGAUACCUGUUGGAUAUGACUGUCCGAAUGGCCUGGAGUUCAGUCCCACAGAACUAUCCUGCAUGGAUCCCGAGUUAGCCGGUUGCAGUCCGAAGGUAACCACUCCAGGGCUCUCCACUUUAACUACUGAAGCCUUGAAUACUACAGAGUCAACAACUACACCAUCUAUAACAGAAAUAACAACAGUUUCAACAACGCCAAAGACAACUACUUCAGAAUCAACAACUACCAGGGAGUCAACGUCAGAGUCUACAUCAGAAAGUACAACCCUUUUAACAACUCCACAAAUAACCACUACAGAACCAACAACAAUUUUAACAACUCCAAGGACAACCACCCCCGAACCAACAACUACUACAGAAAUAACUACAGUUUCAACAACUCCAAUGACAACAACCACAGAAUCAACAACAGUUUCAACAACUACAUUAUCAACAACAAUUUUAACAACUCCAAGGACAACCACCCCCGAAUCAACAACUACUACAGAAAUAACUAAAACUUCAACAACUCCAAUGACAACAACCACAGAAUCAACCACAAAUUCAACAACUACAGAAUCAACAACAGUUUCAACAACCACAGAAUCAACAACAUUUUCAACAACUACAGAAUCAAAAACAACUACUGCGCCGCCCCCAGUAACACUGGAUCCGUACACCCCCAAUAUUUGUUGUGGACAACCUCUGGGAACUUUGCUAGCCUAUCCCAAUGACUGCAGUCGUUAUGUCGUUUGUGAUUAUCCGAUUCCAUAUGCCGUGGAUUGUGUCGAGGGAACAGUUUUUGAUGAGAAACUUCUUCAGUGUACAGCUACGCCCAAUGAAAGGUGUCUAUUUGCUGAAUUUUAA